CCCAAUUCGCCGACACCCGGUUUUUUGAUCAAAAAACCAGUUUUUAAUAUUUUUUAAAAAUAGCCCAAUUCGCCGACAACAAAUGAUAUUGGCGACAUGCUACGGCGGUAUUGCAAUAAAACUAUAAUACUAUCAUAAGCUGUAAAUUUAUUUUAUCGUGUGUAUAAGGUACCUAUCGACUAUCGCACGUUAUUAUAUCUGUAAACUUAUUUGAUGGUGAGUAUAAGAUAGUAUUAUAGUUAUCUAUCACAUGAUAAUUUUGACAUCCAUCAAUAUAUUAUAAAUAUAUAUAUAUAUAUAAUAAUAAUAUAAGUCCACUGCGUGGUUUUCAAAUAAUGAUUAAGAUUUUAGUUUGCGAUUAUAUUUCAUUGCGUUAGGUACUGCAAAAAAAAUUAUUCUUUAUAUAUAUAUAUAUAUAUAUAUAUAUUAUUUUAAUUUUUCCGUCGUUAUGGAAUGGUUUAAAAUUAAGUCAGAAAAAAAUCAGGACUUACUUGUAGUGAACAAUUAUAUUCACAGAAUAGACCGAAAACGUGGAGACAACGAAUAUUAUAAAUGUGUGGAUAAUUGCGGCGGUCGUGCAAUAGUUAAACAUUCAAACAUAGUAGUUACGUCUAAGCCACAUAAUCACGGAACACAUGGUUUUGAAUUGGCAGAACGAGGUUUCCGAAAUAAAUUAAAGGAUGUUGUUACACUUAAUCCAACAAAACCAGUUCCUCAAGCUUUUAACGAAGUGAGAAGAUCUGUUAUAACUUCAGGAUUACAAGGGUCAUCACAAAACGAAGUAUAUAGUUCUAUCCCUACAUUAAAUAGUGUUCGAAGUUCAUCAUACCGUAAAAAAAUGAAACUUAUUCCUAAAUUACCUAACAAAUUACGUGAUUUAAUAAUUAAUGGCGAAUGGCUUUGUACUAAUGACGGAAGAGAUUUUUUAUUAGGAUCAGACGGAGAUGAUGACAAAAUAGUUAUAUUCGGUACCGAAGGCUUCUUAAGAAGACUCUGCACAGCUGAAGUUGUUUUUAUGGACGGUACUUUUAAAUCAGCUCCGAAGUUAUUUCUUCAAAUUUACACGUUACAUUGUUUUGUGCAAGGAAUUUUGGUACCAAUGGCGUAUGCACUUUUACCAAAUAAGACUUCCGCAACGUACAACCGAAUGUUUAAUCUAAUUAAAGAAGCCGCAAUUAGAAUUGAUUUAAUAUUUAAUCCUAAAUGUUUUCAAAUUGACUUUGAAAUUGGAAUGAUUAUGGCAAUUAAGGAGUUAUUUGGGCACCAAACUAAAAUAAAAGGCUGUUUGUUUCAUUUUGGACAAUCUAUAUGGCGCAAGGUACAGAACGUAGGACUAUCUGAGGAAUAUAAAAACAAUGCCGAGGUUAAACUAACUGUCCGUAGAAUAUGCGCAUUAGCAUUAGUCCCUAUAGAUACAAUUGACGAGUGUUGGACCACAAUUCACGCACAAGCUCCAAAUAAUGAAAAUCUAACAAAACUCAUGGAUUACUUUGUUGAUACUUAUUUAAAUUAUGACGUAUGCCACUUUCACCGAAAAAUGUGGAAUCAUUUUGAAACAGAAGGCAGUCGAACAAUUAAUCAUUUGGAAGGAUGGCACGCAGCUUUAAAUCGAGCUGUUAACCGUCACAGACCCAAUAUUUAUAUACUUAUAAACGAGAUCAAAAACCAACAGCAGAACUUUGAAUUGGAUAUUUCAUCGCAAAGUAGGGGAAAUCCCAAACCUAAACCAAGUUUGAAAUUUCGUAAGCUCGAGGAACAGUUGAAAAAUGUUAAAGAAAAGUUAAAAGAAAAUGAAAUUUCUCUAAUGGAAUAUAUUGAUACCAUAAAAUAUCAUAUCCGCUUAUAACUUUUUUUUUCUUAUAACUAUUUUUUAUUUAUAAUUUUUACUAUAA